AAAGUGCCACAGAUCCAAACGCCCGCCAACCAAACGAGCGGCGAGAGAGCCCGUGUCUCGUGUCUUCAGUCUUCACUGCUCGUCCAAGCUCGCAGCUUUUUAUGGUUUUGUUUUCCUAAAUAUUGUUACUCUAGGGUUUCGAUGUCUGCUUCCUUCGCUCCAUCACCCUCCGUUGUCAAAGAUUUCUUCAAAUCCGGCAACCGGCGUCUCAAUGGAAGUAAAUGCGGUAUUCUGAGAAGAAAUCUGGUGUCGAAAGGGAUCGCCUUCUCGGUCUUCGGUUCUUUAUUGAGCACCCAUCCGGUUCAAGGAAUGGAUCAGUUAGCUUUCAAGCCAGAAGGCUAUAAUUUUUGGACAUGGAAAGGUCGCAAGAUACACUAUAUAGAACAAGGACAUGGGCACCCGGUUGUACUUAUACAUGGAUUUGGUGCUUCAGCAUUUCAUUGGAGAUAUAAUAUACCGGAGUUGGCAAAGAAGUAUAAGGUCUAUGCCAUAGAUUUGCUAGGGUUUGGAUGGAGUGAGAAGGCUAUCAUUGAGUAUGAUGCAAUAAUAUGGAGGGACCAGGUAUCUGAUUUCAUGAAAGAGAUUGUAAAAGAACCAGCAGUCUUAGUGGGAAACAGUCUUGGAGGAUUUACAGCUUUGAUAACUGCAGCAUAUUUACCUCAGCAAGUUCUUGGAGUUGCACUAUUAAAUUCUGCUGGACAAUUCGGGAACCCGAAUGGACAAUCUAAUAGCAGCGAUGAAGAAACAGUCAUAAAGAAGUUCAUCGUCAACCCACUGAAGGAAGUUUUCCAGCGUAUCGUUCUUGGGUUUCUAUUCUGGCAAGCAAAGCAACCUGCUCGUGUUGAAAAAGUCUUGAAAAGUGUAUAUAUAAAUGCAUCUAAUGUGGAUGAUUAUCUCGUGGAAUCGAUAAUCAGACCAGCAGGAGAUCCCAAUGCAGGCGAAGUUUAUUACAGAUUGAUGACGAAAUUUAUGACGAAUCAGAGCAAGUACACUCUGGACAGCAUCCUCAGCAAGCUGUCAUGCCCGUUGUUACUAUUAUGGGGUGAUUUGGAUCCCUGGGUCGGGCCUGCCAAAGCAGUCCGAAUUAAGGAGUUCUAUCCAAAUACAGUUAUUGUCAAUUUGCAGGCAGGGCAUUGUCCACAUGAUGAGGUCCCAGAGCUUGUCAAUAGUGCUUUACUGGAUUGGUUAUCUUCAUUGCAGCUUGAAGCCAGCCUCCAGGCAUUGUAGUUAUUCCAUUUUUAAUCUCAUCCGCUAUACUACCUGAUUUAUGCCAUGCAGAGGAUUGUCCGUUACAGUAUUCUUCAAAUGCUCUGAAAAUGAUUUGAAACAUUAGCAGUUGCACUCAAAUCAACUUUUGUAAAUAAACAAGCUUUUGUAAAAUUGGAGUCUACUUUGCGAUGGGAGUUCUGUUCCUGGCAUUUCCCUUGUGCUAGCAAAAAUCGAUUUUACCUGAUGCUA